AUGCUGAAUUACAUUGAACAAAAGCAUGUUGAAGUUUGUUCCAUAGAUGAAUCCAAUGAGAAGCCAGUAUAUUACCUUCCUCAUCAUGCUGUAAGAAAGAAAACGCAAUCUGAAACCAAGUGGAGAAUUGUGUUUGAUGCUUCCUCGCAUGCUCCAGGAAUGAUUUCACUGAACGAUACCUUGGAAGCUGGCCCGAAUCUUCUUCCUGAAUCUAUUGGUUGUCUACUAAGAUUUCGAUUGCAUGAAUUCGCUGUUACAUGUGAUGGUAAGCAAGCUUUUUUACAGUUGUCACUACAUAAAGAAGAUAGGGACGUCACAAAAUUUUUCUGGUACAAAUUAAAAUCUGAUUCAUCUCAACCUACUACUUUUACAGAUGAAAUAACUGUUUACAGAUUUACUCGUUUACCAUUUGGCCUUACUUGCAGUCCGUUUUUACUCUGUGCUGCGACACGAGAAUUGGCUGCAAAACAUAUCGCAGAAUUUCCAAUUGCUGCACCAAUGAUAGAUAAACAUCUCUAUAUGGAUGACUUUCUUGCUAGUAUGGAAACUGAAUCACGCAUUAUAAUGCUAUAUCACGAGAUCAAGAAUUUAAUGGCUCUAAUGAAAUUGCCUAUGGAAAAAUGGGCUACAAACUCUUUGAAACUCAAAGAUGUACUACAAACACAUGAAGAAUCUCACAAAACGGAAACAACUGUCUUAGGUAUUGGCUGGAAUACAAACUUCUGA